AAUAAACAUUUGUAGGUGAAACAUACUUACGCCCGGUAAUUAAAUGUGCCCGGAAACUGAUGUGAUGUCGUCUGUAUGUGAUGGCGGGUAAAGAGUUAGUAGGCCAUCAGCAGCAGUUUGUCGAAGAAAUUAACUACGAUGAAAUUGAAACCGAGCAGGUAGUUGGGAAAGGUUCUUUCGGUGUAGUAUGGAAAGGAAAAUGGAAGGGGCAAUAUGUUGCUGUAAAGUACAUUAAUUCAGAAGGUGAGAAGAAAGCCUUCACAGUAGAAGUUAUGCAAUUAUCAAGGGUUGUGCAUCCUAAUAUUGUAAAAUUAUAUGGAGCAUGUACCAAAAAUCCAGUUUGUUUGGUUAUGGAAUAUGCAGAAGGAGGAUCCUUGUACAAUGUGUUACAUUGUAAUCCGCAGCCACGAUAUACUGCAGGUCAUGCAAUGAGUUGGGCUUUGCAAUGUGCACGUGGUGUUGCAUAUCUUCACAAUAUGAAACCAAAGCCUCUGAUUCAUAGGGACUUAAAGCCACCUAAUCUAUUAUUAGUAAUGGGUGGACAAACUCUUAAAAUUUGUGACUUUGGUACAGCUUGUGAUCUGAAUACGUACAUGACAAACAAUAAAGGUUCUGCUGCUUGGAUGGCUCCAGAAGUAUUCGAAGGUUCUAAGUAUACAGAGAAGUGUGAUGUAUUCAGUUGGGGUGUUAUUCUGUGGGAGAUACUGUCAAGAAAGAAACCAUUCGAUGAGAUCGGUGGUUCGGCGUACAGAAUAAUGUGGGCGGUGCAUGUGGGCCAGAGACCCCCUUUAAUUGAAGGUUGCCCGAAACCUAUUGAAGAUCUCUUGACUAGGUGUUGGCACAAAUCUCCCGAAGAAAGACCGUCAAUGGAUCAUGUUGUAGAAAUAAUGACAACACUUUCACAAUUUUUCAGUGGCCACUUGGAACCUGUUGACUAUUCUACUAGUGUCGAGUCCGAGGAAGUCAACGAAAACCAUGCUCCUAAAGAUGAUACUUUAGAUGUGACUGAUAUUUUGGAUUCUCAAGUGAAUGGAUACACUCCUAAUGGUACAAUCAGAGCUACUGGUACCAAAGAAACAUCGGAAGUUCCGAAUCGAAAAGAUAAUUUACCGAAUCCCUUCUGCGAUUUCAGAGAUGGUGUUUGUAAAAGUAACAAUUCACCAAAGAGUACAACAAAUAAGAAACUCCAAAACAAAAAUUUUACACCACUUCAUAUCGAAUGCGAUCAGGAUGCUUGGGAAUUACCCAGUUCUGAUCCACCACUGGACUCGCCCGUUCUGAAAGCAAAGAAUACUGACCACAGUAACAGCACAACGAACGAAGAUCUGGACAAUGUUUACCGUCUGUUGGACGCAGAUUUGAGGCCACUGACGCCGGAUCAGACUUGCGAGAGAUCGAAGGAAAUUUUCGAAGAGCACAAACAGCUUGCACAGGAGUAUCUAAAAGUUCAGACGGAAAUAGCUCUUUUGGGGCAACACAGAAACGAAAUGCUGAAAAAUUUAACUAUAGACAGCUUGACGCAGCAAGAACUUCGAAAGCUCGAAGACGAGAAGGAAUCUUUGAUAAAGUUGUAUCGAAAUUUAAAACGGCAACUAGAAAUCAUGAAGAACCAAAGAAUGAAUAAUGCCCUGAAUGCUCAAACGAUGGGUCCUGCGGUCUCAGGGAACAAUGGAUGGUUUGUGAUACCUUGUCAAGAUCCCUCGAGGCACUCCUGAAUAUAUCCACAUGAUGUCGUUAUGCAUAUACUUAUAAAAGAAAUAAAAUUCUUCACCUUCUUUUUUUUUACAUUCGAUGAGAAACGUGUAAGACCGAUCAUCUGUGAAUACAAUACGGAGUUGAUUCUAAAAGAAAGUAAGAUGAAUUGACGUGUUAAAGAAAGAAAUUGUUAGAUUGCAGUAAAGAUGCUCGAACGCGUUCCAAAUCAGCACGGAACUACUGCUCUUUUUUGCAUAUUUGCAGAGACAAUUUUUACAAAGUGUCUCAAGUUUUUAUUUUAAUAAAUAUCUUGUGGAA